GCAAAGGACAAAAGAUCUUUCUCGAGUAUUUCAUUCUUACAAUCCAUAUGAUCACAAGACUGGUGAAAGACAACAAGUGUUAGUAACAGAAGAAUCCUUUGAUUCCAAGUUUUAUGUUGCACACAAUCGAUUCUAUGAGCAGGUUUUAGUGCCAAAGAACACCUCAUUCAUGGGGAAAAUGGUUGAAGUGGACAUUUAUGAAUCAGGAAAAUAUUUUAUGAAAGGGCAGCCAGUAUCAGAUGCCAAAGUAUACACGCCAUCCAUCAGCAAACCUUUAGCAAAGGGAGAAGUCUCAGGUUUAACAAAGGAAUUCAGAAAUAGGCAUGGGCAUCACCUGCGUUCAACAGCCCACUCGUCCGCUGCAACCCGGCAUGGCUCAGCGAGCUCCAGAGCCCUGCUGUGGGUGCAAAGGCUGCCCCGGGACCCUGCGCUGACCAUAUCUGUGGGCCUGGCUCUCUUUGCUCUUCUUUUUGCUUUUGUUGUCAAGCCAUCCCUACCGGAGCUUCUUGGCUUGCCCAGGAAGAGGACUGAUGACACCCAGGGCCUGAAGCCCCCAUGGAGAUCACCACGCAUGAGCCCAGGAUAACUCUCCUUGUAGCAGGAAUGCAUGCAAACAUUCACCAACCAAAAGGUCGCCAA